AUGCAGACUCAACAAGGACAAAGUUCACAGAUGCAGGCUCAACCACAAUUGAUGAUGCAUACUACAGGACUUCAUAACAGUGGGCAGGGGAAACAAACAUCUCAAACUCCUGCUUAUUCAUUUACUAAGGAACAGUAUGAUCAAAUAGUGCAGAUGCUAAACAAAGUUACUGGAACCAUUCCCUCAGCAAAUAUGGCACCUAUCAGUAGUGCAUGUUUAGUGGAUAAUAAAGCUCAUGGCUGGAUUAUUGAUACAGGAGCUACCAACCACAUGGUGUCUGAUCCUAAUCUGUUAUCUAAGGCAGAAGAAAUCAAACCUAGUAAUUCUAAGCAAGUUCAUCUACCUAAUGGAGAAGAUCUUUACAGUGGAAUAGUGAUAGCGAUUGGUAUAGAAACAGGUAGUCUUUACAUUCUAGCACCACAUGUAGCUAAAAUACAAGGAGCAAGGAGCAUGGUUGUCAAAGAAGCUGAAGCAAAGAAUCUGCAGAGUGUAGCACAGAAAGAAGAAGUAGAUGUUGAGCUGUGGCAUAAGAGGUUGGGGACUCAGUUUGACAAAGUAGUUAAAAUUAUCAGAACUGAUAAUGGAACAGAAUUUGUGAACUCAACCUGCACAGAAUUGUUUCAAGCACUUGGAGUGAUGCAUCAGAGAACAUGUGCUUAUACUCCCCAAUAUAAUGGAGUAGCUGAGAGCAAGUAUAGACAUAUCCUAGAGGUUGCUAGAGCUAUGAGGAUGCCUUCUACAGUCAUGAAUGGUGCAUCACCUUUUGAGAAGAUGUAUAAUAGAAAACCUUUACUAGAUCAUCUUAGAGUGAUGGGAUGUCUGUGUUAUGCCAAAGAUGUACAGGUCCAUGACAAGUUUAUGCCAAGAGCAAUCCCUGCAGUGUUGAUGGGAUAUUCAUCAGUUCAGAAAGGCUACGUACUCUUAAAUUUGACUAACAACUGUUUCUUUGUUAACAAGGAUGCUGCCUUCAAAGAAAAUGUCUUUCCAUUCAGAAAUCAACAUACUUUGCAUUCUCUUAUUUUCUUGCCACCUGAUAUCUCAACCUAUGAUCCAUCACCUGGAACCAACUCUGGGUACAACACAGUGGUUAACCAUGAAGAACUAGAGCCUUUUAUUGAUCAUGGAGUAUAA